CACAGUGAUGACGCAAUAUACUGUCGCGUAGACGAGUGUAAACGGCACCUGAAUAAAGUGGUCAAGGAAGAGUUUUUCCUCUACGGAUAACAUUUCUUUCUGUCAGAUGAGUAUGAGAUGAGAUAGGAGGCAAGACAUCACAUCUGGUCUGAUUCUUGGUAAACUUUUCUGUUAAAUCAGGCGUCGGCAGGAUUUUCCAGCCGGUUUGCUAGCAGACGCGUCUGAUCAGACUCUCGCUAUUAAAGAUAAACUAUCAGUUCAACGGUGUAACCUCACUGUCUUAUUCCUGUAACGUUAUCCGUGUGCACUGCUAAAGCAGUUAUAACGGUACGUGAAGUUUUUAAAACCGUAUUUAUAGACUUUAGAAGCAGUGAUGUCGACGGUGUUUUGCUUUCAUUUGAGCUUCAGCUAAACAAACGCGGUUUAUAUUUAAUCUAACCGAUUAAUAUCACCAUGACAACGUGCGUGCUGUAGUAUUCAGAGCAUCAGUAGCAAACUGGCAAUAAAAGCCUCGUUCUGUAGCAUAUCAGCUGGAUGCUAAGUAUAAUGUUUGUACAGCAUAACCUGCUGACCGAUGUUAGGUAGCCAACAACUGGAUAGCGACGCAAAAAAAUCCAUCUUCAGUAUGAUAUGAUAUGAUAUAUUGCGCUUCAUUCACUGUGACUAAAACUUAUCAUCUAACAGACUUUUCAAUUAUGAUCAUACGAUAGCUGUGUCAUUGUCUAUAGAUCACCGUUACUGCCUAUCACGUCUGAGGGGUGAUAUUUUUGGGGGUUAGUUUUUAACACCCGUGAUCCAGUAACCGUUGCGCAAUGGUGGCUGUUGGGGUCAGUGUGUUAUCCGGGGGUCAGGUGGCUCCAACCUCCAACUCCUCAUCACCUACUGAUCUUGGUACCCGCGGCUGCUCCAAUGGGGACUUCAUGGGCUCAUUUGGCAUCUUCUUGCAAGGCCUGCUGGGAGUAAUGGCCUUCAGUACCCUUAUGUUGAAACGCUUCAGGGAGCCAAAGCACGAACGGAGACCCUGGAGAAUCUGGUUUCUGGACACCUCCAAACAGGGCAUAGGGAUGCUGUUCAUUCACUUUGCCAAUGUGUACAUUUCUGACCUCACAAAGGAGGACCCUUGUUCACUAUACCUCAUUAACUUCCUGUUGGAUGCGACACUGGGCAUGCUGGUCAUCUAUGCUGGCAUUAGGGCUGUUAGCGCUGUGGUCGAGUGGAGGCAGUGGGACUCUCUGCGUUUUGGAGAGUAUGGUGAGCCAGUGCAGUGCAGCGCCUGGGCGGGUCAGUGUGCCCUGUAUAUCCUCAUCAUGAUGUUCGAGAAGGUCAUGAUCAUGCUGGUCCUUCUCAUGCCACAGUGGAAGAAGCUGGCUACGCUCAACCCCAUAACAAACCCUCAACUGGAGCUAGCUAUCGUCAUGCUAAUUGUCCCAUUUUUUGUGAACGCUCUGAUGUUCUGGGUGGUAGAUAACUUCCUAAUGAAGAAGGGCAGAACAAAAGCCAAACUGGAGGAGAGGGAGGCAGAAGAUGAUCCUCGUGGCAACAGCAAAGUGCGGUACAGACGGGCUAUGUCACACGAUGAUUCCGAAUCCGAGAUCCUGUUCUCUGCAGACGACGAAAUGGAGGAUUCAGAUGGUGACGACGAUGUACGAAGAAUCACAGGGCUCAAGUCUGUCAAGAAAAAGAAACAUCGUCUUGGUAUCCCAGUCUGAUUUAAAACCAUUCCGGUUGCCUCCCUUACUUUCGUGACCCCACCUCAUUUACCAGAGGCGUGGACGUAAAAACUCUAAACCAGUGAGACGGUUAAAGCUGAAGUACAAAGUCACAGUCUUUCUGCAGCUUUCCCAUGCAUAAACAUGAGAGGUGCCUGCAGCUAUUCUGAAAAAUCAUUUGCAAUUUUUGCUACCCUUGAUGUGCGUCAAAAGUGAUGAGUGUUCAGAAACGACUGGGACGCGAUGUUUCGCAAUGUGACGAAUUCAUAUCAAAUGGUUCUGCGUUGGAUAUACAACAGAUCACGGCUACAAGAUCGUCUCUUAUGUCUUUGUCCAGCGAAAAACUUCCAAUAAGUGUUUCAUUCUCUGUUUAUCUACCUUUACAAGUAACUUACUCACAGUCUUCUCUAAGUACUUUUAACCAUAUGCAUGUGAUUGUUAUAAUGCUGACCUGGCCAAACUGUUAAAGGUUGCUUAUAGUCGGUUUCAAACUAUGUAUUUGAAAGUAUGCUGUAGCAAAGUGGUCAGAGAAUUGUGCUGAUAAAUAAAUCUUUUAGGAAUUAAACAUUUGUCAGCAGUGUUAGACUCCCACUGAUAUACAGCUGGGUAUGGUGUGUCCGCUAUGCUUUUUUACUAUUAGACAAAUAAUGACAAGGUACAUACAUCCAGGGAAAGGCUGUUUAGCCCCCUGUACAGCACUGUGUCCUUAAUCUGUGAUGGCAUGCAUGUCUUAUUGUUUGAAAUUUUAGUGUGUAUGCCUCUAAAGUCACAGUGUCUCUGUAUUGCUGUUACUUUUGUUAUCUUGUGUAUUUAUUUGUUGUUUGUGUGGCCUCUAGUUUUCACCCGUGUGCUACUCACUUCAUUGGUCUCUUGCACAGUUUGAUGUUGCAUUGUGGUCCUUUUGUGCUUUAGUCCUUCUGUACGCAGAUUUACUUUUGUUUUUUACGUCUCAAAUUUUACAUUUAUUAUACUGAUACUUUCAAACACUAAUCCAGAGGGCUUCUAUUCCAAUUUCAUCCUUUUCCUUUCCGCACACAUUUUUACUGUAUUAAAGAUUUGGUUUAAUUCCUACUAUAAAGCACAGAUACUUUACAGGGUUAUGCUUUUGCAGAUCUUAAAAAUUCAUAAUAAUUAUCCUCUUUGCAUUAGUUAUUAUGGGAAACAAAAUGUAUGGAGGUUUUACACGUGAUUGUACACAUUCGGCUUUGCUGUGAAAGAAAUUGGGAAAACCAGCCGUCUUUAAUAGCUCCUGUAUUGAUCCUACACACUGAUUGAUAUUAAUGGACCAAAUCAAUGUAAGUGACGGUAUUAUGUUUGCGUACAGUAUGUGUUUUUGUGUGUGUUUUACAGGGAUACAUUUGAAACCAGGCUUUCUGGUUAGGCCUGCUGGUUAUACAUUGUUACUUAUAAGGAUUUUGUCUUGAUGGAAAUGUAACUGCCUUUCCCGUUCUGGGUUAACUCUGACUAUUAAUACUGAGCAUUUUUGUGCAAUUGGUGGAAGGAGGAAAAACCAAAUCUGAAAUGGAAAGGGGUUUUAAGUACUAAACUCAACUAGACAAUUAACUGAGAAAUUAUGAACUUACAUUAUGUAUGCUUUUUCAAUAAACUGUGUCAAAUA